CAAGUCCAAAAAUUAAAUGAAAAAUAGGUCCAAAUGCAGCAGGCCAAAUAAAAAAAAAGGCAAAAAUGGUGAAUAAACUAAAAUAAAGUCCCAUACAAUUGGGAAUAGAGUCAAGAGAGAUCUUCCACAGUUCCACACCUCAUCAUUCCAAAAAUUAACUUUAUAUUUCAGAUUUCCUGAUUUCUUUCUUCUGUCUCAAGUUUCUUCCUUGCUCAGGCUAAUUUUAGAUUGUUGGAGUUGAGAGGAAGCGAAGAUGGGGCUUACUUUCACCAAGCUAUUUAGCGGACUAUUCUCCAAGAAGGAGAUGCGUAUACUUAUGGUAGGUCUCGAUGCGGCUGGUAAGACUACCAUCUUGUAUAAGCUCAAGUUGGGAGAAAUUGUCACCACCAUCCCCACCAUUGGAUUUAAUGUGGAGACUGUUGAGUACAAGAACAUCAGCUUCACUGUGUGGGAUGUUGGAGGUCAGGACAAGAUUCGUCCCUUAUGGAGACACUACUUCCAGAACACACAAGGUCUCAUCUUUGUGGUUGACAGUAAUGAUAGAGAUCGUGUAGUUGAAGCGAGGGAUGAACUUCACCGGAUGCUGAAUGAGGAUGAACUAAGGGAUGCAGUUCUGCUAGUGUUCGCUAACAAGCAGGAUCUCCCCAAUGCAAUGAAUGCUGCAGAAAUUACCGACAAGCUUGGUCUCCAUUCCCUCCAUCAACGACACUGGUAUAUCCAGAGUACAUGUGCAACAUCAGGUGAAGGUCUGUAUGAAGGUCUGGACUGGCUGUCCAACAACAUAGCUAGCAAGGUUUAAAUGACUAGACCUUCCCGGUUCACAUUUAGAACGAGGAUAGUUGGGUUUACACUAGCAUUUUAUGCCACUUUUGUUGUUAAGUUUACGUUGCUAGUUUUUCAUAGCUUAUGUUGUUCAGUGACAGUUUGUCAUUUGCUUCCUGUAGUGUAAGUUCGAGACAUGAGAUUGAUUGCUACGAGUAUUUGUUUAAUAAAGUAAUAAGUAUUUUUUAGUGUC